GUAAGUGCAGGGCGCACACACGGAGCGGAGACCCGAAGGCGGCAGCGCCGCGCCCCCAGGGCUCUGCCCAGCUCGCCACUCGCAGCACAGAGAGGCGCGCCGGCGAGACAGCGCAGCCUCCGCGGGCCGAGGCGGGGCCGGGCAAGCCCUGGCUCCGUGCCGCCUGACGGGAAUUGUAGUUCCUGGGAGAAGCCGGGCUGCCUCACGAGGCACUGGGAACUACAUUUCCCGGUGAGAGAGCGGCUCCGGCCGGCCCCGCGGUACCGGAGCGUCGCACUGUCAGCGGCCAGAAAGCCUGGGAGGGGCAGAUCGAAAAGGGAGUGCUUCUUCCCUUCUCUCCGUGCUCUGGCGGUGCAAGCGGCUCUGCUUUCCCUCGCCCCGCCGUCGGGUGCUCCCUGCCCGCCUCCCCGUGUCAGCUUUUCCUGGGCCCCGCCGGGAAAGUCUGGGCCUCGAAAUUCGGAGGCAGCGGCGGCUGCCCAGCACGGGAGUGUAGGGCGCGCCACUCAGUGGCCCAGCCUACCCAAGGCCAGGCCCGCGCCUCCAUGGGCCCGACCCAGAAGCCCAACGUGUGCCGCCGGCUGAGUCGCCGGGCGCUGGGCUGCUUCUCGCGCGACGCAGGCGUGGUGCAGAGGACCAACCUGGACAUCCUGCGGGCGCUGGUGUGCCAGGAAAGUACUAAAUUUAAGAAUGUUUGGACAACUCAUUCCAGGUCACCUAUAGCCUAUGAGAGAGGAAGAAUAUAUUUUGACAAUUAUCGGCGCUGUGUCAGCAGUGUUGCAUCUGAGCCAAGAAAACUUUAUGAAAUGCCAAAAUGUUCCAAAUCAGAAAAAAUAGAGGAUGCUUUAUUAUGGGAAUGCCCAGUGGGAGAUAUACUUCCCAAUUCAUCAGAUUAUAAGUCCUCACUCAUAGCACUGACUGCUCAUAAUUGGCUACUUCGUAUAUCAGCAACUACGGGAAAAAUCCUUGAGAAAAUAUAUCUUGCACCUUAUUGCAAAUUCAGAUACUUGAGCUGGGACACUCCUCAAGAAGUCAUUGCGGUUAAGUCAGCUCAGAACAGAAGCUCAGCAGUGGCCCGGCAGGCAGGCAUUCAACAACAUGUUUUGCUGUACCUUGCAGUGUUCCGAGUUCUACCUUUUUCACUUGUAGGGAUUCUAGAGAUCAACAAAAAGAUUUUUGGGAACGUUACAGAUGCUACCUUGUCUCAUGGAAUACUGAUUGUGAUGUACAGCUCAGGACUGGUCAGACUCUAUAGCUUCCAAACCAUCGCUGAACAGUUCAUGCAACAGAAACUUGACUUAGGGUGUGCAUGCAGAUGGGGUGGGACUACUGGAACUGUAGGAGAGGCUCCUUUUGGCAUUCCUUGUAAUAUUAAAAUCACAGACAUGCCACCACUGCUCUUUGAGGUGUCAUCCCUGGAGAAUGCUUUUCAGAUUGGAGGCCAUCCUUGGCACUACAUCAUCACACCUAAUAAGAAGAAACAGAAAGGAGUUUUCCAUAUUUGUGCCCUAAAAGACAAUUCCCUGGCAAAAAAUGGGAUCCAAGAAAUGGAUUGUUGUUCUCUAGAAUCUGACUGGAUCUAUUUCCAUCCUGAUGCUUCUGGUAGAAUAAUACAUGUUGGUCCAAAUCAAGUCAAAGUUUUGAAGCUAACUGAAAUAGAAAAUAAUAGUUCUCAGCAUCAGAUCUCUGAAGAUUUUGUCAUUUUGGCCAACAGGGAGAACAAUAAAAAUGAAAAUGUACUCACUGUUACAGCUUCUGGACGGGUGGUAAAAAAAAGUUUUAACCUUCUGGAUGAUGACCCAGAACAAGAGACUUUCAAAAUUGUGGACUAUGAAGAUGAGUUAGAUUUGCUUUCUGUGGUAGCUGUUACUCAAAUAGAUGCUGAAGGAAAAGCUCACCUGGAUUUCCACUGUAAUGAAUAUGGAACUUUACUUAAAAGCAUUCCACUAGUGGAGUCAUGGGAUGUGACAUAUAGCCAUGAAGUCUACUUUGACAGAGACUUGGUGCUACACAUAGAGCAGAAACCCAACAGAGUCUUCAGCUGCUAUGUUUACCAGAUGGUAUGUGACACUGGGGAAGAAGAAGAAACCAUAAACAGAAGCUGUUAAAAAGAGUGAGGUAAUUGUAACCUAAGAGACUUUUAGCCAAACACCCCAGCAGCUGCGUCCAAUCCAUUUUAUUAUCUGCAUGGCACAUUCUCCAGUAUUUUCCAAAAAAGUCUUGUGUUGACUUCAGAUGACUAUGACUUCUUUUUUAAACUCUUGUUGUAAAAGAUGGUGAGGACUUCAUUUUUUGUGAAGGGUUUUUAGAAUACUGUUCUAAGAAGUUUAGUGUUUUGCAGCUUUGAGCUAGGUGGUAAAUGCAAACAUAAAAUGCUGGGAACAGAAAAGGACAGGUUAAUUCCAAUUGUUGAGGAGUAAGUCAUUGAUGGGAUGGGUCAUUGAUGGGGUAGGUCAUUUGAUGGGUUCUUAAAGGAUGGUAUGGAAUUUUGUUUGUUAAGGCUAGGAGAGACAGGGAGAGACAAAAGUAAACAUGCAGAAAGAAAUCUUAUAUCCUCUAUACCAAACUUUGCUUAAGGAUGAGAAAUGAGAUGUGUUAUGUGAGAACAUUAUUUUGAGCCCAAAAUGUGUCAUCACAGUUUUUAAAAAUCUUAUAUAUGUAUUUAUAUGUGUUUCGUAUUUGUAUAUAGUAUCAGGAAUUGGUUCUAGUUCCCAAAUUAUCUUUUCUUCCUUGGUUUUGUUCUCCUGGCUUGAUGUUCACAUUGAAUAUUUGUGUUUCUAUAUAGACUAAUGUAAAAGAUUCCAAGCAAACCUUAAGUGAAAUUGUUUUCUGAUUUGCAUCCUGUUUAGCUCUUAAUGUAUCUAAGGAUGUUCUCAUCUCACCAUUCUAUUCAUUUAGUGAGUUUUCUGACCUUGUUUAGGCAAUUUUUUCAUACUUAUGCAAUAGGAUAAAGGUACCCUUGCCUGCACUAGUUCUGUUUCCUGUAGAAGAGUAGAUAAAGAGUCCCAGAAGAAGUUCUUACUAGCUUGGGAGUUGCCUGAUUAACCAGAGAAAAUUUUUAGCUUACUUAUGAAACAAGCAUUAUUUCUUCUUUGUUAGGAAAGAUCUCAAUAUGAUCCUUGAACUUUAAUAAUCAUUCUUUAGAAUGUUAAAUAAAGGCAACCCAAGUAAAGGGAGAAAAUGUUUCUUUAUGCUUCCUGUUUGAGAAAUUCAGUUGCUUCCAUUUCGCAUGUUCUGCACAUUUAUCCGAUGUAACCUCAAAAGAAUAACUAGUAAUAAGGGAAGGAAACAGCAGCAACAAUCAUUGCUGAUUCAAGUUUAAGGUUAAAAUAUGGAAUUUUUAGCUUGGAUGAUUUAUAUUAAAAUAUUUCCAUUUUUUUCUUCAGUUUUGGCUUGAUGCCAUGUGAAGAAUGAUGUGAAUUCUUCCCAGUUCUGCCCUGGUGCUAGACAUUGCCCCAUACUUUCAAUUAGACACUAGCUGUAUCUAAAUAGUCCCACUCAGUAAACUUACAUCUUGAAAAACAAGACUGGUAAGAGGACAGUGAAAGUACUAAAGAAAGAAACCAAUGUUGUGUGAGUUUCAAAGCAGAUGCAAUGCUGUGUAAAAGUAGAAUGUUUAUUCUCCAUUUCCAAGAGUGUUUCAGAAUAGGAUGUCUUAAGAUUUCAGUCAUGUCAGAGAUUUUUUUUUUAGGUGAUUAUUGAGUUUCUCCUUCUCCUUUAAGUCAUCACCUUCCUUUUAUGAAAUGAUAGUAAGGAACUCAUCUAUUCUGAAAGGUAUUUGAGAAAUAUCUGAAUUCCUGGCUGCUUUUUUGCUGGGGGUAGAGGGUGGAAUACUUCUGGUCUAGAUAUAACUUACCACUAAGAAACCCCCAAUAUGUCACCACUGCCUAAAUCUAACUAGACCAGGGUCCAAAUGCCAUCCAGGCCAGGCAAGAAAUAUACCUCAUGUGAAUGACAGUAAGGAGUUGUGGGCAGUGUAACAAACAGGAGAGCUAUGCCCUAACUAAAAGGAGCAGCUGCUACUGCUUAGUUUCAGCCAGUUGCAACAGUAUGUGGGAAUGUAGGCUGCAUGAUUGUUAACAAGAUAGGUGGUAAAAAGAUGCCAAAAGAUACAGAAGAUAGCAAAGAAUGUGGGGAAUUUGGAUACCACACAUAGCGAGAGACAAUGAAGCAUGCUUCCCAGCUCACCAGUGUCACACAGCUGCUCAUUCUGCCACCUGCCAGACAUUAAUGUCUUCCUGCCCUACCUAAACCCCCUCUUUACCUGGUAUUUUAAUUCGAGACUCUAGCUACAUGCCCACCUACUUAACAGGUACUAGUGACAGGUACAAAACAUUAUGGGUAACAAUUCUGAGUGUUUAAUGCAAGCCCAGGUGAAGCAGGGUGGCUUCCAUCAGCAGGUACAGACGUUAAGCUGAAAAGAGGUGCAUUCUGCAUUGUACUCCUGGAUCUAAGUUUCUGUAUUCUCAGAGCAUCAAUGCAGCAAGCUUAUUGUUCCUUAAUUUUUUACAAUAUUUAUCACAACUCUGGGAGAAAACAAAACAAAUCCUAUCCUAUUUACUAUUUGUGCUACCUAGUGAGGAGAUAUUGCUGUUUAGACAAAUUAAGGCACUUCACAUUCUUCCACCAAUUGAAAAUUUUGUGUCUUACAGUUCUUUUUUUAAAUAAUACAGUUAUUGAGCACUUUCUAUCUACUAGUCACUGUGAUACAGUAUAAGUAAAAUGGGUUGUCUCAUUUAAUAUUCAAAAUAACCACAUGAAGUAUGAACUGCCAUUGUCUUUCCCCUUUGUACAAAUGAGGAAAGUGAGGCUUACGGAAGUUAAUUGGCCCAGGGUCCCACAACUAGUAAGUGCAGAGGUGGGAAACAUAACCAGAUUUGUUCGGCAUAAACUUGUGCCAAAUUUCCUCCAAAGCUCUCAAAAGGCAAUGCAUGUUAUUUUAUCCCAUAUAUAGCAUACCAACAACUAUAAUACUAGGUAUGUAGGAAAGUGCUUAAUAAUUGUUUUUUACUGAUGAUUCAGUGUCUAAAUUUUGAACAAAUUUGGGUAAGAUACAAGUGACACAUAAAUUGACAGAAAAUGUAGUUCUUCAUUCAAUGGUUAGCCGUCAUUAAAAGGUACUUUCCCUUUGUUUGUGGUGAUAAUAAAAUCAGUAUUAGUAGUUUUCAUAUUAUUUGGCUUCCAUAUUAAUAAUUUUUAUAUUUUCUUCUCCUUCUUACCAUGUUUACUUAUAUCAUCCCUCUUUUAGAAUCCCAGGGAGCUAAUUUCUGGUCCCUGUGUUGCUAUCAAAUCUGUAUCUUGCAGAAAGAAUAAUUUAUUUCAAACAAGGGACAUACAAUAGAAAGAUAAGACCUACUGAGGUCUUUUUCCCAUCAUUUUAUUAUGAAAAAUUUUCAAACAUACAGUAAAGUUGAAAGAAUUUUAUUGUAAAUACUGACCACAGGGAUUCUACAUCUUACUCUACUUGUUUUAUUAUUUUCCUAUCCAGCGUACUUUUUGAUGGAUUUCAAAAUAAAUUGCAGUUGCUGAUAUACUUCCCCCUAGUACUUCAACUGCAUAUUAUUUAACUAGAGUUUAGUAUUUAUUUAGUUUUUUAAAUUUUUUUGAUAUAAGAUUUACCUGCAAUAAAAUGCACAAAUCUUAAGUAUAAAUUUGCUGAGUUCUUGCAGACAUAUACACCUGUGUAACCCAAACCCUUUCCAAAAUUUAGAACAUUGCAAUCAUCUUCAGAAAGUUUCCUAAAUCCCUCUCCUGGUCUAUCCCCUCCCAACCCCUCAGGUAUAACUACUGUUUUCAUUCUUUUAUAUCAAAGGUUAAAUUUACCUGUUCUAAACUUCAUAUAAGUGAAAUUAUAGAAAAUGUAAUGCUUCUUUCACUUAGCAUAAUGUUUUUGAGAUUUGUUCAUGUUGUUGCAUGUGUCAGGGAUUCAUUUCUUUUUAUUGCUGAGUAUUCGUUUGUAUGAAUAUGUCACAGUUUUUUUUUAUCUUUCUGUUGAUGGACACUGUGCUCUUUCUGCUUGUUUUUUACUGUUAUGAAUAAAGCUGCUAUGAACAUUCUUAGACAA